GACCAAGCUACCUGCACCCAGGCCAGUCCUGAAGAUACAAUGAGGGGUGCCUCCCACCUCCGGAUCCUGCUCCUGUUGGUGGUAGGAACCAGGAUGCAGGAGUGUGCAGCUUGUGGGCAGCCCCGCAUGUCCAGCCGGAUCGUUGGGGGCCGGGACGCUCAGGAUGGAGAAUGGCCAUGGCAAACAAGCAUUCAGCACCGCGGAGCCCAUGUGUGCGGAGGGUCACUCGUUGCACCCCAGUGGGUGUUGACAGCAGGUCACUGCUUCUCCAGACGACUAUCACCAUCAGAGUACAGCGUGCUCCUGGGAGCACUGAGUCUGGAUGUAGCAUCACCCCAUGAGCUCUUGGUUCCAGUGCUGCGGGUGCUGCUGCCUCCUGACUACUCUGAGGACGAGGCCCGCGGUGACCUGGCACUGCUGCAGCUGCGUCACCCAGUGUCCCUGAGCACCCGCAUCCAGCCUGUCUGCCUGCCCGCACCAGGGUCCCAUCCACAACCAGGGUCUCCAUGCUGGGUCACUGGCUGGGGUAGCCUUAGCCCGGGAGUACCACUCCCAAAGGGAAGACCCUUGCAAGGAGUGAGGCUGCCACUGCUGGACUCUCGAGCCUGUGACCGCCUCUACCAUGUGGGUGCCAAUGUGCCCCAGGGCGAGCGCAUAGUGCUACCAGGGAACCUUUGUGCUGGCUACCGCAGAGGCCACAAGGAUGCCUGCCAGGGUGACUCUGGAGGACCCCUGACCUGUAUGGAGUCCGGCCACUGGGUCCUGGUGGGUGUGGUGAGCUGGGGCAAAGGCUGUGCCCUACCCAACCGUCCAGGUGUCUAUACCAACGUGGCCAAGUAUAGUCCCUGGAUCCGGGCUCUCUUGAGCCUCUGAUGCUGGCGGGUUUGAUAAGGUGAAUCUGGAGCUUCCUGGCCCAUUCCACACUCCCCUCUUUCUUACAUGAAGCAGAGAUACUAAGAGUCCAUCUGCCUAUCCCCUUCCCUUCUUCAGGCCCAUCUUCUGUCACUCAGGGAUUUUCUGAGUCCCCUGCAGUUACACUCUGCCCUCUCCUUUUGGCUAGAAUUUAACUCAUCUGGCCUGUGUGUCCUUUGUUUCCUGGAGGAAGUCAGACAGAUGUAAAGCAUAAGAGGAACUCCACACCAGGGAGAAUCUUCUUUGCUGACUUUGAAGGUUGAGGGGCCAGGCACUGUGAGGAACCACAAGGCACUGACAACCAGUGUGGGGAGAGAAGUCUGUGGCCACCAGGAACCUCAUUCUGCCAACACCCUGGAGUCUGGAUACAAUUUCCCCCAUCUUCUAGUCCCUUACCUUCACACAGGUGAAGCCCUCAGCAGAGGACACGACUGAGCUGCCCAAGCUUUGGAGCCACAGAUUUUUGGAUUUAAUAAA